AUGAGGGAAUAUGUUGAUGAUACAGAGGACUACAUCAACAUCAUUUUGGAUGACAAACAGAACCAGUUGCUACACAUUGGGGUUAUCUUAGGUACUACACUCCUUGUGAUGCAUUUGAGCAUGGCCACCAUUGAUUCUCUCAACAUGAAACUCCACAUCUCCGUCUACGAUGGCGUCCAACGGCUGUUCAAUGAAGCUACUGCGGGUAUCGAUCCGAUGGAACAAAAUCGGCGCGUACCCUUUCCACCUCAAACAAGGCGUGCGGACUCCGGCGCCGGAUCAAAGGCUUGGCUCGUUGUCUCAGAGCACGGAAGCUCGAAUGUCGAUCUCGGAAAAAAUCAGAUUAUGCGCCUGACUGGAGUCUCGGCCCACGACUUGAGGGUCCUUGAGCCGGAGCUUGCGUACCCUUCGACGAUACUUUGCAGAGAGAAGGCAAUUGUUGUCAACUUGGAGCAUAUCAGAGCAAUCAUAACGGCCAAUGAAGUCUUUGUUCCGAAUCCGAUGGACCCAACUCUUGAAUCUUUUGUUUGGGAUCUCAAAUGCAAGCUUUCGGUUGCUACCAUGGAAAGUUGUAAGGCUAUGGAGGAAUCACCCUCUACUAUCUUACCGGAGACAGGAGAUAGUAAUCCUAGAACUCCAACAGAGGGACCAAAUGCGGGCAAUUCAAAGCCAUUACCUUUUGAGUUUAGAGCUCUUGAAAUAUGCCUAGAGUCUGUGUGCAACAUCCUUGAAUCCGAGGAUCCGAUGGAACAAAAUCGGCGCGUACCCUUUCCACCUCAAACAAGGCGUGCGGACUCCGGCGCCGGAUCAAAGGCUUGGCUCGUUGUCUCAGAGCACGGAAGCUCGAAUGUCGAUCUCGGAAAAAAUCAGAUUAUGCGCCUGACUGGAGUCUCGGCCCACGACUUGAGGGUCCUUGAGCCGGAGCUUGCGUACCCUUCGACGAUACUUUGCAGAGAGAAGGCAAUUGUUGUCAACUUGGAGCAUAUCAGAGCAAUCAUAACGGCCAAUGAAGUCUUUGUUCCGAAUCCGAUGGACCCAACUCUUGAAUCUUUUGUUUGGGAUCUCAAAUGCAAGCUUUCGGUUGCUACCAUGGAAAGUUGUAAGGCUAUGGAGGAAUCACCCUCUACUAUCUUACCGGAGACAGGAGAUAGUAAUCCUAGAACUCCAACAGAGGGACCAAAUGCGGGCAAUUCAAAGCCAUUACCUUUUGAGUUUAGAGCUCUUGAAAUAUGCCUAGAGUCUGUGUGCAACAUCCUUGAAUCCGAGACUUCCACGCUGGAGAAAGAGGCAUAUCCAGCUUUAGAUCAAUUAUCCGCUAAAACCAAUGCAGAUAACCUACAACGUGUGAGGCUUAUAAAAGGUCGUAUGGUUGCUCUGUCUGGACGUGUUCAGAAGGUGAGAGAUGAGCUUGAACAUUUAUUGGAUGAUGAUGGGGAGAUGGCUGAGAUGUAUUUGACUAAUAAACUUGCCAGUCUAGAAUCUGAAGGUUUUUUCCCAGGUGAUGAGCCACAGAAUGAUGCUAAUGCAUUUGAAUUAGAUGACGUGAGCGACGAGGACAUUAGUGACAAAAGUCGCACCGCACCUGUCAGAAGUCAUAGGCCAAAUAUUGAAGAGGAGUUGGAGUCACUAUUGGGAGCAUACUUCAUGCAAAUAGAGGAAAUUUUAAACAAGCUAUUCACUAUGCGGGAAUAUGUCCAUGAUACAGAGGACUACAUCAACAUUAUUCUGGACGACAAACAGAACCAGCUACUGCAAAUGGGCGUUAUUGUUAGCACAUUAGUGUUGAUUAUGAAUCUUGGCAUUGUGACUGAUGGGGUAAUGAACAUGAACAUCCACAUCGCUCUCUUUGAUCCUGGAAAAUAUUUGCGGUGGUAUGAAGCUUCUGCUGGUAUUGUUUGUGGUUGCUCAACCAUAUUUCUUUUAGCCAUCAUGUUGGGUAAGAAAAAGGGAUUGUUUGGUUGA